AUGGUGAAUCUCGAGAUUCGAAAACAAGUAUGUGUGACGUCUGAUGGUCCGCAACCUGUGACGAGAAGCCAUCACAGCGACGACAAACACAACCAAGUCGACAAUUAUGCAUCGACACCUCAAGAGCCGCUGCGUGGGAAAUCACUGGCAUUUCAUAUGUCGUUCCUCUCCCUUUUGAUUAUGGGCUUUAUCUGCGCUCUUGAUGCUACGGUACUUGGUGUCGCAAUUCCUUCCAUAGUUCAUGAGCUCGACGGGUCAACCCUGGAAGGCUUCUGGGCUAGCAUAUCCUUCUUACUGGCGGUAGUCAUUGUCCAACCACUCUACACCAGUGUCUCCAACGUCGUGGGUCGCAAAAUGCCCUUGUACAUCUCGUACAUAUUCUUCAUCGCUGGGUCCAUUAUUUUCGGCCUAAGUCAAAGUAUGGCUGUGCUGAUUGCAGGCCGAACACUGCAGGGCUUUGGUGCUGGCGGAUUAGACGUCCUCAACGAGAUCAUCCUAGCUGAUAUCACGACGCUGAAAGAACGCCCAAUGUACCUCGGAUACUUCUCGAUACCCAUGUUGGCAGGCACUGUCCUUGGACCUGUUCUUGGUGGUGUGUUCAGUCAGAAUGUCACAUGGAGGUGGAUCGGUUGGAUCAACCUACCAUUGUCUGCCAUCGGACUAGUAUUGGCGAUUAUCUUCAUGAGGCUGAAGACAAUUGACCAGCCACUACGUAUGAAGCUACGACGCUUAGAUUGGAGAGGAAUCGUUCUGUUCACUGUCGGCUGCACGUUGUUCGCCACACCAAUUGCAUGGGCUGGUGGCAUGUUUCCGUGGUCUUCAUACAAAACUAUUGUUCCCCUUAUACUAGGGUUGAUUCUGUUGAUCGCAUUUCUCCGUUACGAAAAAACGCCUGUGGAGCCAGUUCUACCAUACCGAAUGUUCAACGACCGCACCGCAUUCCUCACAUUGCUUGCAGCCUUUCUGCACGGCGUUGUAAAUUACAGUAUCACUCUGUACAUCCCAUUGUUCUUCCAGGCUGUAUACCUCAAAGGGCCUUUACCAGCAGCUGUCUUGACUUUGCCAGUCUGCUUUCUGGCUAUUGCCACAGCAGUUGCGUCUGCAGUCGCAGUCGAGAUCAUGCGCAAGUAUAAGCUCGUGAUAAUUACCAGCUGGGUCUUUAUGGCGGUCGGUGCGGGCGUCCUUACACUUUUGGAUCGGUCCUCCACUUUGGCAGAGAUGGAGUCAUUCCAAGUGCUUCUUGGUAUUGGUAUCGGCCCUUUUUGGUCUGUAUUGAACCUCCCGCUCCAAGCCAGUGUGCCUGUCGACGACAUGGGUUUCGCUGCCGGCAUCUUGUGUUCUUUCCGCCUCUUUGGUGGCCUCAUAGGACUGGCUAUAUCGUCAACCAUCUUCAACUCGAUCUUCGCCGAUAACAUCGCAAGCCUGCAGCCACUACCUGGCCAGCUGGCUGCACUCCAUGAUGUGAAAGAAGCGGUCGGCUUUGUGACGCUCUUGAGGCGUGUUGAGGCGCCGGCGGAUGUACUGGGUAGGAUCAUUGAGGCUUACAGGAAAUCUAUUUUCGGCGUCUUGUGGAUGGUAACCGCUACUGCUGUGGUUGGAUUCGUCGUUUCUUGGUUCAUCAAAGAUAAACCGUUAGAUCAGGAAGAGCAGGGGAAGCAGUAUCUCGAGGAAAGGAAGCAAGUUUCUGGCCAUGCUUAG